AUGGGCUAUUCAGAAAAAGCAGCAUCCAAAAUGCUGUUCCUUCUGCUGCUUACUUCGGUGCCACUUCUACAAGGCCUGCCCCUCUGGGAGAAUGACGACGUGAUCCCUGGUACCCCCUCCCCGCAGCUGGAGGCCCUGUCGUCAGAGGCCAUGGGUGGACCCAAGGAGGAGGAAUUAGGGGUCUCAGCUGAGGUGAGGGGCUCCUUGCCCCCCAGUCCCGAAGGCCUCUCUGAGUUUCUGCAGGGGGCACUGCUGAGGAAGGAGUUUCUAGGGGGCGAAUUGAUGGAGGAGCCUAUUCCUGGAGGUAGCCCUUCCAUGCUGCCCCCAUUCCAUCCUCCUAUCCAGCACCUGGAUGGCGGGAUGGUCCCUGAGGCCUCAGAAGCUGCAGCCACUGGUCCUUCCCCUUUGACCACUGCAGCGCCUCCCACUGGCUUCCUUCUCACGACCCCCCCACCUUCGACAGCUGCUGCUCCCCCCCGCCUCCCGCCUCCCCCAGAUGAGACAGGGUCUGCAAGCCAACACAUCUCUGCCACCACGACAGCCUUCAUCCCCGAAGGAGAUGAGGAAACCACUACCACACUUAUCACUACGACGACUAUAACUACAGUCCACACACCUGUUCUUUGCAACAACAAUAUUACCGAUGUGGAAGGCUAUGUUGAAUCUCCAGAUUAUGCAGGUGCUACUUUCUAUGGGGGCCUGGACUGCACCUACACUAUUUCUGUUUACAUGGGCUAUGGCAUAGAAAUACAGGUGCAGAGUCUGAACCUCUCCAAGGAGGAUUCACUGACAGUGGAGGGUCUGGGAGGAGAGAAGCCUGUUGUCUUGGCCAAUGAGUCGUUGAUGGUUGAGGGGCAAGUGAUCCGCAGCCCAACCAAUCAGGUAUUGAUUCACUUUCAGAGCUACCACACCACCACUCCUGGAAUCUUCAAAUUUCACUAUCAAGCUUUUCUGCUCAGCUGCGGCUUCCCCAGUCGACCCGAGAAUGGUGAUGUCAUGGUUACUGACCUCCACCCAGGUGGUUCUGCCACUUUUAAGUGUGAGUCGGGCUUCCAUCUGCGAGGCGAAGAGACGCUCAUCUGCCUCAACGUCAGCCGCCCUCGCUGGAGUGGUACAAGCCCUGCAUGUGUGGCUUCCUGUGGAGGGACAGUUCACAAUGCCACUCGUGGGCGCAUUGUGGCUCCCGAGGCACCAGGCGGGCCUCAGGGCCGGAACCUCACAUGCCGUUGGUUGGUGGAGGCACCCGAAGGCCAGAGGCUGCACCUGCACUUUGAGCGAGUAGCCCUGGAUGAAGAUAACGACAAACUGAUGAUCCGCAGUGGGAGCAGUGCUUUUUCCCCUAUCAUCUAUGACUCCGAUAUGGAUGAUGUCCCAGAACGGGGGCUGCUGAGUGAUGCUCAGUCUCUCAUUGUGGAGCUCACCAGCGAGGGCCCUGCCACGCCCCUCAUCCUUAGUCUGCGCUAUGAAGCUUUCGAUGAAGACCGGUGUUAUGAACCGUUCCUGGCCCAUGGAAAUUUCAGCACAUCAGAUCCACUGUAUCGUAUGGGGACUGUGGUUGAAUUUGCCUGUAGUGCUGGAUACAUGCUUGAACAGGGGCCUUCUGCCAUUGAGUGCAUUGAUUCACGAGACCCCCGCUGGAAUGAGAGUGAGCCCACCUGCAAAGCACUAUGCGGGGGGGAACUUUCUGAGUCAACAGGCGUUGUACUUUCCCCUGAUUGGCCCCAGUCCUACGGGAAAGGCCAGGACUGUGUCUGGGGCAUCCAGGUGCAGGAGGAGAAGCGAGUGCUGCUGGACAUUGAGAUCCUCAACAUCCGCAAAUCAGAUGUGCUGACCAUCUUCGAUGGGGGGGAUUUGACGGCUCGGAUCCUUGGCCAGUACUUGGGGCCCCACCCCCGCUUCAGCCUUUACUCUUCAGGCCCAGCGGUCACUCUCCAGUUUCAGUCGGAUCCUGGGGACCCCCUUUUCGGCCUCAGCCAGGGAUUCCUGGUGCGGUACAAAGAGGUUCCACGAAAUGACACUUGCCCCGAGCUGCCCGAGGUGGAGUUUGGCUGGCGCACAGCUUCUCAUGCGGCAGUCAUCCGUGGCACAGUGGUGACGUACCAGUGCGAGCCAGGCUAUGACAUAGUGGGAUCCGACAUCCUCACCUGCCAGUGGGACUUGUCAUGGAGCAACAGCCCUCCCACUUGCCAGAAGAUUGUGAACUGCGCUGAUCCCGGGGAGAUCAGCAACGGCAAACGCAGCGUCUCAGAUCAGCGUUUCUCCAUUGGCUCCCAUGUUCAAUAUUUCUGCCACGAGGGCUAUGUGGUGGAAGGGAGCAGCACGCUGACUUGCUACAACCGGGACACAGGCACCCCCAAGUGGAGCGACCGAGUACCCAAGUGUGUCUUGAAAUAUGAGCCCUGCCUGAACCCUGGUGUCCCGGAGAAUGGGUACCAAACACUUUACAAGCAUCACUACCAGGCGGGAGAGUCCCUGCGUUUUUUCUGCUAUGAGGGCUUUGAGCUCAUAGGUGAAGUGACGAUCACCUGCAUACCGGGGCAUCCAUCCCAGUGGACUAGCCAGCCACCUUUGUGCAAAGUGGCCUAUGAGGAGUUACUGGACGGCCGGAAACUAGAAGUCACCCAAACGACGGACCCUUCCCACCAGAUGGAAGGUGGCAACAUUGCCCUGGCCAUCUUCCUCCCCAUCCUCCUUGUUAUCCUCCUGAUUGGUGGCAUCUAUGUCUACUACACCAAGUUCCAAGGAAAGACCCUUUUUGGCUUCUCCUUCUCCAGCUCCCACAGCUACAGCCCCAUCACUGUGGAGUCUGACUUUAACAAUCCUCUAUACGAGGCUGGGGACACCAGAGAAUACGAAGUUUCCAUCUAG